AGUGCGGGGCGCACCCUGUCGGGCCCCAUGCCGCGUUCCUCCGCGCCAGCAGGGGGCGCGCGGGGCGUGGCGGCGAGGCGGCGGCGGCCAUGCAGGCGGCGGCGCAGGGCUCGAAGCAGGCCGCGCAGGCGGCGGCGCAGGAGUUGGUGAAGUUCGUGAACCGGAGCCCCUCGCCCUUCCACGCGGUGGCCGAGUGCCGCAGCCGGCUGCUGCAGGCCGGCUUCCAGGAGCUGAAGGAGACGGACCACUGGGAGCUGCGGCCGGCGCAGAAGUACUUCGUUACCAGGAACUACUCCACCCUCAUCGCCUUCGCCGUCGGCGGCCAGUUCCAGCCCGGGAAUGGGUUCAGCCUGCUGGGCGCCCACACCGACAGCCCCUGCCUCAGGGUGAAGCGGCGCUCCAAGCGGGGACAGGUGGGCGUGGUGCAGGUUGGCGUGGAGACCUAUGGAGGGGGCAUCUGGAACACCUGGUUUGAUCGUGACCUCACCGUGGCUGGGAGGGUGAUCAUAAAGGACCCGGCCUCAGGGCGCCUGGAGCAGCGCCUGGUACGUGUGGAGCGGCCCAUCCUCCGCAUUCCCCACCUGGCCAUCCAUCUGCAGCGUAGCAUCAAUGAGAACUUCGGGCCCAACACUGAGCACCACCUGGUUCCCAUUCUGGCCACUGCUGUGCAGGAGGAGCUGGAAAAGGAGGUGCUCAUGGAGGCUACACCUUGCAAUGCUGCAGCCCAGGCAGAGCGGCACAGCCCUGUCCUGCUUUCCUUGCUCUGCCCCCAGCUGGGGGUGAAACCAGAGCAGAUUGUGGAGCUGGAACUAUGCCUGGCGGAUACGCAGCCAGCGACACUGGGUGGUGCCUUUGACGAGUUCAUCUUCUCCCCACGCCUGGACAACCUGCACAGCUGCUACUGCGCCCUGCAGGCUUUGAUUGACUCCUGUGCAGCACCCUCCUCCCUCUCCCAGGAGCCUAACGUGCGUCUUGUCGCACUCUAUGACAACGAAGAGGUAGGGUCAGAGAGUGCACAGGGUGCAGAGUCCUUGCUGACGGAGCUGGUGCUGCGCCGGAUCUCAGCAUCGCUGCAAAACCUGACAGCCUUUGAGGAGGCCAUAGCCAAGUCCUACAUGAUCAGCGCCGAUAUGGCCCAUGCUGUGCACCCUAACUACGUGGACAAGCACGAGGAGAAUCAUCGUCCAGCCUUCCACAAGGGCCCCGUCAUCAAAGUGAACAGCAACCAGCGCUACGCCUCCACAGCUGUCACCGAAGCAGUCAUCCGGGACAUUGCGGCCCGCGUGGGUGUCCCUUUGCAGGAGUUCAUGGUGCGCAACGACAUGCCCUGUGGCACCACCAUCGGCCCCAUUCUGGCCUCCCGCCUGGGGCUGCGCGUGCUGGACAUUGGCUGCCCGCAGCUGGCCAUGCACUCCAUCCGGGAGAUGUGCUGCACCUCGGGAGUGCUCCAGAGCAUCACCCUCUUCAAGCCCCCGCCUUGGGGCUGAGUCCGGCCAUCCCGCCAGGCUUCCCACCCCUCCAGGGCAGCACGGGUCCCUGCUGCUUCCGGAUGUGCCCCCCUCGCAUCCCAGCCUUCCCUGGCGACUGCCAACCCCAAAUGGUUCCUAUGGCAACCCGCGCUAGCCUUGAGUCAGUGAUGGGUUACUAUGGCGACGCGGUCCUGCUCUCUGCGAGUAGCUGCGUGCAAUGACGCUGCGCGGGUAACCAACAGGGAGCCCCUUCCUGCCCCCGCUGCCUGUCCCCCCACUGCACACCACCCUGCCUGUCCGCUCUGACG